CGUGACGACUCACCUCCCACCUGUCCUUUUAGCGUCCUGCUACUCCUCUUCUCCCAACCCUCACUCCAAACAGGCCGCUUCCUGAGCUCACUCCCGCUCUCUUUAUACUCUUCUGAUGCGAGUCUGAGCAGAUCUCGCCCGGAGCGCAGAGAGGGCGACGCAACACCCUGAAUAGCUCGGCCAAGCACUCUACAACCCCACAUCCUUGCAUCCUUCCUGCCGCCUGACUAGGUGCCCCACUGCUCCUCUCAGUCGCGCAAUCUCAUGACUAGCAACUCAUUCCACCCGCUUUCUUCAGCCCCAGGGGAAGGGUCGGAGGAGGCCUCACACGAGACGAAGCAGACGUCUGGAUCGAGCAGCGCUGACGCCGCAAGCUCAGGACCUGCCCUACCUAGCUCUGUCCCACCAGGAGUAGAUGCUCGGGCACACGUAGAUGAACAACAAGAAGGCUUGAACAUGGCUCAAGCAGAAAGAGGAGGAAGCGAGGGAGAAGGGCAGCGAUUCGACGAUAGAGGUACAGAGGAGGGUUCUGGAUCCGGUGGCCCUGUCUCUAGGUACUAUACUGGUCCACCUUCGAAAUACUCCUUCUUUGGGAAGAAGCAAGUGGGAGUCAUCGGAGAGCACUUGCCGAUGGAGAUUAUCAGAAUCGAGCGAGACUACUCCCUCGCCCCCUCGCACAUUCCGCAAUUCCACCCUACCUUUCCACUCGAGUUGGAAGGACGAAUUACCCCAACGCACUUUUCGGAAUUGAUCAACGAUAUCAACGAGUUGCUGAUCCAGGCCAACGACCCAGGGUGGGCAGCACUAGACAAUAUGCUGGCGGUGGUGACAUUGUGGAUCAGCCCUUGGGUGCUGGGUAGUCGCUAUCAGAGAAAAAGCCGCGAGCUGGUGCGCCUCCUCGCAGAUCGCAAUCGGACACUGCUCAACCCAAGCGGGCUGAACCUGCUACAUCCCAGCAGCAAAGCAUGGCUCUACCUUGAGCUCGAGUACUAUUAGCGAGAAGACGGGAGAGCAAGCGAUUCAAAAGGAGGAGACGGGCUUGCGGAGAAGAAUAGUAGGGAGAGGAGGCGGGAGGGCAGCGCGGAGCGAGCAGAAGAGGGUGGGAUCAGGUCCAUAGCAGUCCAGGCAGAAGACAGACAGCCAGUCACGUUGGCUACAACAUUCGGAUAUACCCAUACUUGUCACAUCACCAUCGCAUCAUCCAGCAUCCUCUAGCCAUCAGUCA